CUAUCAAUACUAACCAAAAGCAGACGCCUGUGGCUUGGGUGAGGUACAUUCGUUGUAUAUAGCUCAAGCCUUGGAUCAAUUUCAUUCUAUGUCAAGGGAACGCGUCAAACCCCUGUGGCGCUAUCACAAGAAAACAAGCACACACAUACCACAGCCUUAAAUUAUACACGAUCAUUAACGAUCUUGCAGCUUAUUUUAUUCAUAUUUGUCCGUUCAGCGAAUGUAAAACCGUCGUUUAAUUGUGUCAAAAAAAUACCCCCCAAAAAAUAAUGAAAGAAUAUGAGAGGUAUAUAAUGUUCUCUUCUUUCUAUCAACGUUGUUCUUCCUAAUGUCCCCCUUGACUCUUCCUCACUUUUUGCCUUUUGUUGAACGUUCAUCUCUGUGAGUAAGGCUUUGGGUUCUGUCCCCAGGCCAAGAGAUGCAGCUCCUGUUGUGCAUUUUGGGGUCGCCCGCUACCUUGUCAGUAUAAUGGGAUGUGCUGCUGGGUCUCUUCGACAGCAUGCUCCAGUAAGCUGCACUUUAAACCGGUCUAAGUUCCGCUCAAACACACCGCAGCCUCUAAAACACGCAUGCAUCUGGCAGACAUGGUAGGUCGUCCUUAAAGGAUCUUAGCUGUUGAUUGGACGUUAAAGAAUACUAAUUAAACACCGUACAUGUACAAAUAUGAAUAAUACAGAUAUACCAAAAGUCAUGUCAACCGUAACCGGUCAUUAACCCAAAUCAGCCACAUUGUACUUCCGGUUUAUAAGUGUCCGUAUCACACGUACCACAGUACACUGUGCAUACGUAGCUCAUAAAUACAUACGAGCGUUACGGGUCAGUGACAAACUUGAUAUCGACAGCAACCAAUUUAGACCACUCUCACUCCUCAGCAAGCAGGGUAAGGUUUUCCAAUCUCUCUAUCAACACGAUGGACAACGAAAAGAAGAAAUCCGUCCGUUCCCGCCUCGUUCUGGGCGCGAUAUGUGUGUGUCUUGUUGGCCUGGGGAUUGGAUUUGGGAUCGGAUACGCCGCAAGAGGUUCCAGUUCGGAUACGCCUCACGUCAACGGAAACGGUCCAGUCAAGGAGGCACAAACUCAAAAUGCAGUCGACGUGUUAUUGAAAAGUUUGGACAGUAAUAAUAUCAAGGAGAAUCUCAGACGAUAUACCAGUCGACCGCGCAUGUCCGGAACUGCAGGAGGCGAUGAAAUAAUCGAUAUCAUAGCCAAUGAAUGGCGUAGCAGCGGAUUGGACAUGGUACGAGUAACGCCGUAUGACGUUUUAAUGUCAUAUCCGAACCGGACAAACCCCAAUACGGUACAACUGAUCUCACAAGAUAACGUAGUGUUUCAGGCUGCUACAUUUGAGGCGCCGCUAGAUGCGGAGGGAAAUAACACGGAAGUUGUCCCUCCAUUCAAUGCAUUCGCCGUGGCUGGAGUAGCAGAGGGAGAUCUGGUGUACGUGAACUAUGGUCGUAUCGAAGAUUUCGUCUUCCUCCGAGACAACCAAUCUAUCUCCGUGGAAGGAAAGAUUGUCAUUGCCAGAUAUGGCAGAAUCUUUCGCGGUGACAAGGUAAAAAUUGCCCAGCAGUUCAACGCUACCGGUAUAAUUAUGUACACGGACCCCGAAGACUUCAACAUGGGGAAUACUACCUACCCCAACAGCUGGUGGCUCCCCGGGUCAGGGGUUCAGAGAGGAACUACGGGCCCCGAUGGAGACAUGCUCACCAUGUUUUAUCCCGCAAAAGACUAUACAUACCGAAUUCCGAAGAGUGAAAGCUGGAUCGCAGACUCCACCAUUCCUGCACAGCCGAUUGGCUACGGAGACGCAAAACACUUUUUAGGUGCAAUGACUGGGCCGGAAGUUCCCGAAACAUGGAGAGGCAGAUUACCAAUAACGUACCGCUUUGGACCUGGAUUUACAAACUCCACGUUAAAAGCUCGUCUCACCGUAAACAACUUCGAGGAGACAAAGACAGUUAGGAACGUGAUCGGCUACAUUCGCGGGGAGGUCGAACCAGAUCGUUAUAUUAUGUUGGGAAACCACCAUGAUUCCUGGGUUUUCGGAGCUAUUGACCCACUUUCCGGAUCUGCCGCCCUCACGGAAAUCAUUCGUGUCCUUGGAAACAUGCUAAAGCAAGGUUUAAGGCCUCGCAGAACAAUAGUUUUCGGGUCGUGGGGAGCAGAGGAGCACGGCCUGAUAGGCUCCACGGAAUGGGUGGAGGAAUACAUGAAAGUGUUAUACGAACGCACCGUCGCUUACCUCAACGUUGACUACGCCUGUGACUACCCGUAUGUUCUCACAGCAGGUACCAGUCCACUGCUGCAGGAUUCAUUGUAUCAAUCCGCCAAAAAAGUACCAAAUCCCGAAAAGAACACUCCUUUUAAGACACUGUACGAUGUCUGGAACGAUCGAACACCUAACAAUGCCGGAACUGAACCAAGUGUUUACUACAGUUUAGGAUCUGGAAGCGAUAUGGCGACCUUCUACCAACGGGCAGGUGUCCCGAGCGUCGACAUGUGGUUUACGUACGACGAAAAUAGAUGGGAUAUUUUGUCGUAUCCGACCUACCACUCGGCCUAUGAGACGUUCGAGAUGUUCACUCGCUUUAUUGAUCCGAACUUCAACUAUACCCUAGCUAUGGCCCAGAUGUGGUCCAUCAUGGCAUGGGACCUUUCUAAUGUGGAACUUCUGCCGUUCGAUCCUACCCGGUAUGCGACUGCGAUCCAAGAAUUUGUCUCCAGUUUAAAAAAGGAUUUCAGCGAAGUAUGGAGCCAACAAAAUGUUAACAUACAGGCUCUUGAUUCAGCAGUAACGAACUUGACUGCAAGCACAAAGGCCUUUAAAGAAAAGAUUCAGUCUCUGAAUGAUACAAGUCCGCUCUCUAUCCGAAUGCUGAAUGAUAAAAUGAUCCAGUUUGAGCGAGCGUUCAUAGAUCCAGAAGGUCUUCCGGAGAGGAGGAUAUACAAACACGUUAUGUUUGCCCCCAGCCUUUACGAUAGUUACUCCGACAACAGUUUCCCGGGAGUUGUCGAUACUAUGCAUGACAUCCAGGUAAACAACAGGACGGACAAAUGGAGUCUGCUAAAACAGCAGGUGUCUGUUGCCACAUACACCAUCCAAUCGGCAGCAAACACACUGGAUGAUAUAGGGCUAUAAUUCUACUUCCGUUUCAUGUCUUUAUGUACAGUGGAUCAAUUUCGUAAUAGUUAUGAAUUUUAAUAGUUUGUUUUUACAAUGUUCAUGUUUUGAUAAAUAUAUAUGAUUAUAUGUUUUUUUUUAUGUUUUUAAAUCAUGUAGAGAGAGAGAGAGAGAGAGAGAGAGAGAGAGAGAGAGAGAGGAGAGAGAGAGAGAGAGAG